AUGUCUUCUAAGCCCAAGUAUGUGCAGGAUCAGGAGAUGAUUCCAGGCGUUUACUGGGUCGGGAUCGUCGACUGGAUGGUCAGGAUCUUUCAUGGGUACCACACAGACGAGGGGAGCUCGUACAACUCGUACUUCAUAGAUGACGAAUGCCCUACGGUGAUCGACUCUGUAAAGUACCCCUUCGCCGAGGAAUGGCUCUCUCGUAUUGCGGCAUGCUGCCCGCUCGACAAGAUCAAGUACGUCGUCAUGAAUCAUGCUGAAGGCGACCACGCGUCCUCUCUUAAAGACCACUACCAUAAGUUCACAAACGCGACGUUUGUCUGUACAAAGAAGUGCCAGGAACACCUGAAGAUUCUUUAUGGCAUGGAGAAGGCAACGUGGCUCAUUGUCGACGACAAGUACACGCUCAAGAUUGGCAAGAGGACGCUGAAGUUCAUCCCGGUUCCCUUGCUUCAUUGGCCUGACUCCACCUUCACCUACUGCCCCGAGGAUAAGAUUCUCUUCUCCAAUGACGGCUUUGGUCAGCAUUAUGCCACCUCAAGGAGGUGGGCGGACGAGUGCGACGUUUCGCACGUUAUGCACCUCUUUAAGGAGUACACUGCCAACAUCUUGGGCUUGUUCAGUGCUCAGAUGCGUAAAGCACUUGAAGUCGCAAGCACCGUCGAAAUCAAGUACAUCCUCUCCGCUCACGGCGUUUCGUGGCGUGGCGACGCGAUGGGCCUUGCGAUUGCUGAGUAUGACAGAUGGUCUAAGGGCCAGCACUGCCAGAAGAAGGUCACAGUCGUCCUUGACAGCAUGUAUGGAACCACACACCGCAUGGCGCUCGCCCUCCUUGAUGGUGCUCGGAGCACGGGCUGCGAGACAGUUCUUCUUGAGAUGACUAGCUCUGAUAUCACGAAGGUUGCGCUCCACACGUACGACUCUGGAGCUGUGGCCUUUGCAAGCCCGACACUCAACAACACGAUGAUGCCCUCCGUCGCUGCCGCUCUUAACUACGUCAGAGGACUGACUCUUAUCAAGGGGAAGCCUGCGUUUGCAUUUGGUGCCUUUGGGUGGAGCAACAGGGCUGUCCCAGACAUAGUAGCCGAACUCAGGGACGGGUGCAAAGCUGACGUAUACGAUGAGAAGGGUAUUACGUUUAAGUUUAACUACACAGAGGAGCUUCUUGAACAAGCGUACAAUGCUGGCGUUGACCUUGGAAAGAGAGCUAUUGCAUACUGCGAGAAGAACGCCCCUAAGCAGUAA